AAAAGAGCAAAGUUUAAAGUCGUUCGGGAUGGAUCGUAUAUUUCUCGUGUUAUUUUCUAUUUUCAAUUUGACGGCGAUGGCAUUAGCAAAGUGUACCGUUAACAAUUACGAAGAAGGGUUUGGGAAUCGAGUGAAAUGUUCAAACGUAAGUCUGGAGCAGGCAUUGGAUCAAGGAAAUAACGUAAUAUCUGCGAUCUUGAUCUUUCAAUCGGAUAUACGUCAACUCCCGAAAGACACAUUUUCAAGAUAUGCCAAGACUCUGGUGGCUCUGAACUUGCAGAACUGUAACAUCAAGGACAUAGACGAUGAUGCCUUUCGCGGCUUGACUUAUCUCCAGAAACUUACUCUCUCGAGUAAUAACAUUAGCCAAGUGAAGGAUCGUUGGUUCCAAGAGCUGAUGUCCUUGCAACAGUUGGAUUUCUCUUAUAAUCAGAUCACAACGAUCCAGUCGUUAGCCUUUGAGAGAUUGUCGAAUCUUCGCAGACUCGAUAUUAGCGAAAAUCGACUCGGAUGUUUGGAAAGCAACGUUCUGCAACCGUUGAGAGCCCUCGACAAGUUACGUUUCGAGGGUAAUCCACUGACCUUUCAAUGUCGUGCAAAGCUGACUCUGUGGCUAAAAGAUCACGGUGUUAAUUACAAGAUCGAUCCGCGUGGUCCGGAAUUCUGGCUGGACAACGUACUUUGGCUCUGUGCCGUGGACGAUUCCAUUCCCUUAGGGGAUAAGAACGAGCAAAUGGUGGAAUGCGUCAUUUUGAAUCUUUUCAAUCAAUUACGUACAGUUUGGACGUUACCCGUUUCAUCGUCGAUACCGCAACAGUGUUCGCGAUCGAGGAAGGAUCUUACGAAAUGUUUAAUGACCAAUGGACAUAAAUCAUUGACAAAUUCUGCUACGAACGGUGCAUUCAUAAAGAAUUUACUUUUACAACUUCGAGAAUCAAAGUCCAGCGCUUGAUUCGAUUUAACAACGAGUUAAAUCUAUGAUUUUUUUUUUUCUUUUAAUUAUGAUUAAUUAAUCGAUUCUUUAAUGUCCUUAAUCAAAGAUAUAUACUUUUAUUCAGUUGAAAUAAUUAAUAAUAUCGUUUGAACGUCCUUCGAGUACCUUUUGCAUGAUAACAAAAUGACUCUCUGAUAUUAACAAGAGAGAGAGAGAGAGAGAGAGAGAGA